CACAACAGGUAGGCAACGGUGGCUGUAGCCAACACUCACCUUACGAUGAAACGCGGCCUCAGGCAGAACGGUUCGGUAACGGUGAUCGUAGCCAACGCUCUACGUGGGAGACAAAUGUCCACAACUGGGGAUGAUCAUUCGCAAUCAUUGUUAUAUUGGAAGCUCUGCAAGCAUGUGAUGUCAGAUCCGAGUUUGAUGGAAGAGGAUACUCCAUAGGCUCCACAGACAAACCGCGCACAGUUUCUCAAUUAAGGGGCAGAAUUUGGGUGCGAAAGCAUCCGACGCUUCAUUUGCCUGCAAGUCUCUCCUAGACAGAGAGAUGGAAACCAUUUGCAUCGACAAUCUCAGAUUCACGUACCCAGGAAUAGACGGGCAACCACCUGCAGGCGCCGAACCCGUAAUCGAGGGUUUCUCGCUCACCCUUCAUGCUGGGGACCGUUGCCUUCUCGUGGGUUCCAAUGGCGCAGGGAAGACUACCAUUCUGAAGAUAUUGGGGGGGAAACAUAUGGUCGAGCCCGAAAUGGUUCGUGUUCUUGGGAGAUCUGCUUUCCAUGACACCAACCUUUCUGCUUCAGGAGAUUUAUGUUAUUUGGGGGGUGAGUGGAGAAGAGAUAUUGCUUUUGCUGGUUUUGAGGUACCGAUUCAGAUGGAUGUCUCAGCAGAGAAAAUGAUAUUUGGAGUAUCUGGUAUUGAUCAUCAAAGAAGAGAAGAACUCAUAAAGGUAUUGGAUAUUGAUCUAUCUUGGCGGAUGCACAAGGUAUCAGAUGGUCAGAGACGGCGAGUGCAGAUCUGCAUGGGCCUUCUUAGGCCAUUUAAGGUCCUCCUCCUUGAUGAGAUUACUGUUGACUUGGAUGUGCUAGCAAGAGCUAGCAUUUUGAAGUUUCUGAAGAAAGAAUGCCUGGAGCGUCGAGCAACCAUUAUUUACGCCACACAUAUUUUUGAUGGUCUUGAAGAUUGGCCGUCACAUAUUGUUUAUGUUGCUCAUGGCAAGCUUCAGCUAGCAUUGCCUAUGGAGGUUGUGAAGGAAGCCAGUAAUUUGUCAUUAAUGAGAACUGUGGAGAGCUGGCUGAGGAAGGAAAGAGAUGAAGAUAGAAGAAGAAAAGGAAGGGGGGCUGAAGGUCUUCCUGAAUAUGACGAGUGUAGUGAUGACAACAGGGUAACUAGUGACCCUGGUCGGAAGGCUGUCCAAGCAAUCAACAAUGGCUGGGCAGCAGGAAGGCUGAAUUCUACUAUAGCUGGUCAAGAGAACUACUUGUUUAGUUCCAACAGUGUCCUAAGACAAUGAUCGAUACAGCUGCACUUGCCAUCUUGUAACAACAUUUCAGCUUUUUAGUGCGUACGUGUGACUUUUUGUUCAGUGGUUUUUCGAGAGUCCAAGCAAUGCCAAUAAUUUUCGGUGGGAGCUUGUACGUGGAGUUUUCAAUAGUACUCCUUUAUCUC